AUUACCGCGGUGCCUAGUACCUUGGAGUUCAAUUUGAAGGGAACCUUUUGCAAAACUACAAUGUUCAAAUUCGUUGUGUGUUUGGCUGUUUUGACUGUUUCACUCAGUCAUGUUAGAGCCAAAGUUACUGACGAAACCGAACAGGCGCUUUUGGCGCAUUUGGAUGGAUGGAUGGAAGAGUGCGGUAAGGAGCUAAAUUUGGAUGCGAAGGAAAUUAAAAAACUGCAUGUAACUAAUGGCAAACUUGAAGGCAUCGACAAAUGUUUUGUUAGUUGCGUUUUAAAGAAAGAGGGAACGAUAAAUAAAGAAGGCAAAUUUGACUUGGAGACAGCACUUGAAGUAUUGAGGCAAGUCGUUAAAAACGAAGACGAUUUAAAAAUUAUGGAAGCCGCAUCAAAAACUUGUCUUGCGGUAAACGACCAAGCAGUGAGUGACGGGGACAAGGGAUGCGAAAGAGCUUAUAAUCUUGUAAUUUGCAUCAGGAAGCAAAAAAAUCAGUAAGAAUGCGGCUCACUAUACCGUUUUGACAAGGCGCACAAUACAAUGCACCCGAUGGGCUACAAUACUAUAGUAAACUGUAUUUGUAGUUUAUGUAAAAAUAAAUAUAAAAAUGGAUGAUGAAUUCUCUAA